AUGCAGCGCAUCUCUGCGUUUUGGUCUUCGAGAGACAGGCCAAAGCCGAACGCUGGCCUCACCAAUCCUGUCCCUCCCCCUAUCGCUGUCCCUGACACCGCCAAUGCCUUGACCCGUCGCCACGGGCCCGAGGACUACUGGCCAUCGACAUUGGACCGCGAGAGCGAGAAGGCAGCUCGCAUACUUCAGGCAUUCUGCACCGAAGGGUGCGUCGCUGCUCGCGAUGACAGCCCCACGAAUCUCGAGAGGCGCUCAUCUACAACGUCCCUGCAGCACAAGAAGAGGAGAAUACCGCCGAGGAUAGUCCAGAACGCUGUCGGCCUUGCAAUCUUCUCUUGUAUGAGGUCUGGGCUGUGGAAGAGCGGCAGUGGAGGGAGUGGAAUUCUGGUUGCCAGGAAGUCCGACGGAAGAUGGUCCCCGCCUUCGGCAUUCCUCCUGCACACGGCAGCCCUUGGCUUCGUGAUAGGGGUGGAUGUCUACGACUGCGUCUUGGUCAUCAACUCAAUGUCUGAACUGGAGAUGUUCACACGACCGCAAACCACCCUGGGCGCCGACGUACAGCUAGCCGUUGGACCUACCAUAACAGAGGGGCGCAUCGAGAACGAGGUCCGGGGUAAGGACCCAGGGCACACAGUGUUGACCUAUGUCAGGGCGAGGGGCGAACACCGGGCUGUCAAUAUCGACGGGUCGUCGGUUACUGAACGUGGUUCGGAAAAUCAGAGAUUCUACGGUGGUGAUGUCUCUGUCCUCGAUGUGCUUGCGGGGCAGGUGCCUGAGAAAGACGUCCCGGAAAUUAAGACUUUGUACGAGGUUCUCAAGUGCGCAGAGGGCAGGGUCGACUUCAACGCGCCUCUCUUGGAGCAAUUGGCGUUGCAGCCGGCCCCUGGCGACGCCGUGAUCGAGGAUCCAUCCGCGCUCUCUCUGCUGUCUCCGGGAAGACCCGCAUUUGGUGUACCAGAUAACGAGGAUCCAGAUCCAUUUGGUGUUAGGGCGCUCGAGAUGGCGGGACUCGAGAUUCGAGAAGCUGGGACGAGACACAGGCCUGCCAGCAGCCAAUUCGAGUACGCCCCGAGCCCGAACAGUCCUUUGUUCGGCCAGUUCAACAACCGCCAGAGCACAGACACCUACAUAACCCAGAGUAACAGGGGCAGCUAUAUGUCCAACAAGACUACUCUCAGUCGCAUGACGGAUGCCUUUACACAGACGACCGUCGACACUCGGGGGACCACGCCAACAUCAGACGAGGGUGUGGACCGAGCCUCGAUUGACAAGCUACCGGUCGUCAUGGAGCCGGAGGAGAUCGAGCACUCACAGGAGGCCGUCGUCAGGAGCUCAUCCCGGGAGCGCCCGGAUUCGAUCCCAGAGGACAGUGCAGCCGAAGAGAAAGCCGCGAACGAGAUAACAUCGAUAUCCGAGCAAACCGAAACCGCUACCGUUGACCAUGCCAAGAAGGUGGACAAGGUCUCUGUCGAUGAGCGCGAUGAGGACGCAGACGACGAGGACGAGGAAGGCUCAGACAUCGAAACCGACCCGGAGCUCGAGGACGACGACCAGGUUGAUUCAGAGUGCGACGAUGACGAACCGAUCGUAUUCGAGUUGGCGACAGCUGCUCAGCCAGUCAGAGCGGUUCCAUCGUCACCGCAGGUCACCCAAAUAAUCCACGCCAAGGGGGCGCUUGUCAACAUCCCCAAGCGUGUUGUACCGGCGAUUCCACCCAGGAGCCCUGCAAGGUCGUCCCGCUUCAGCAAGAGCGAUUUCGGUGAGAUCCCAUUGAAGAGCCCGUUGAGGAACUCGUUCCAAUCGACGAUGACGAGCAAGAGCGAAGAGGGGGCUGAACACAAGACCAUGGACGGGGUAAUUGAGUCUGCAGCCAAGUGGGCAUCUAAUGUGACACCGGCAAGCCCAUGCGAGCAGGACGUUGAGACACAGGAGCAGCAGUUGCGGUCCAGGGCGUCUUCGCCAACAUACACUACUGUCAUUGAGAAGCAUUUGAGCAUGGAAACGGAGGAUAUGCCCAGGACGCCAUCCACGCUCCACACCUCGGGACCGACAUCAUCCGGGGACGAGCAGGAGCCUCGCACGCCGAAGCCAGAGAGCGAGAUGGCCACAACCAAAGAUGCCAAGGCGGCGAGGCACGAGGUGAUGAGCUUUGGGGUUGAACUCGAGGCCACGUAUUAA